AUGCAUCCACUUCUGUAUGCAGACCUCACUUUGUGCCUGGCUUUGGUGGUCUGUGCACAGGGUCCAUCAUGUCCGUCUCUGUGCGCCUGUGUGUUCCAUGGUCGCAGCAAUGCCGAGGGACUCAGAACUGUGCUUUGUAAAAACCCAGCCUUGACUGCCAUUCCAAUAGAUCUGCCAAGUGAUACAGUCAAGUUUCGUCUCGAGCGCACCUGUGUUUCCAGGAUCUUCAGAGGUGCUUUCUCUGCCAUGCCAGAGCUGCUUUAUUUGUGGCUUACAUAUAACUCCAUCACCGUUUUACAUCCAAGGAGUUUCACAAACCUGUCUUUCCUUCAUGAGUUACGACUGGAUGGGAACCUCCUGUCCUCCUUCCCCUGGGAGGGACUCAGGGAUGUGCCCCGCCUCCGAACACUUGGACUGCACAAUAACCGCCUGGCACGAAUCCCACCCCUGGCUGCGCGUUACCUCGCCAACGUGACUUACCUGGACCUCUCGAGCAACAGGCUGAGCACCCUGCCCACUGACCUGACUGCUCUCUGGCCAUUCAGUGACAGCACUCAGACCCAGCGCUCGGUGGUUCUAGGUCUUCAAGACAACCCCUGGGUGUGUGACUGCAGGCUUUCCACCUUGCUUGACAUUAGUAAGGCUCCAGAAACUUCUCUGGUCCUGUUGGAUCGCUUCCUGACCUGUAGUGAACCGCCGGAUCUCGCUGGAGUUCCCUUUCAGAGCGUGGAGCUCACUCGCUGCCGCAGGCCUUAUGUGGUGACCUCUGCCACCAAGAUCACAGCUCUACUGGGUAGCAAUGUCCUAAUUCGCUGUGAAGCUACAGGACACCCGACCCCAACACUUAUGUGGAUCAAAUCUGCCAGACCCAACCUUUAUAACCAAGAUGUACAAGAGUCUCCACAUGUGGGAAUCCGCUGGUCGGCAGUCAGCCUGAAUGGAAUAUCGUAUAGAGAUGCAGGGGAAUACCGGUGCAGAGCGCAAAACAUGGCAGGGAUAUCAGAGGCCAUUGUCAGUCUGAAUGUGGUCGGGGUAAUGGCUGAAUACACAGACUCCAAAAACUCUGACCAACAGCAAACAGCUGCAAAAUCAAACUAUACAAAAAGGAAACCCAACCAGAAAUCUAAAGCGAUAGCUUCUUUGUUACCUCGGAACAUGACUACACCGCUCUCCCCUCCAAAAAGACUCAUGAAAACCCCCAAAGCCAGUAGAGACAAAAUGAAAAGGGACAAGACAGGGGUACAGAAGCUGCCACAGAGACACUUUUUGAUUGCUUCUGAAAAUCCACUCCACAGAAGACAAAAACCUGUUGUCUCCAUGUCAAUUCACACAUAAACAUUCAAAUCAUAGUAUGUGUCAUUUCAGGAAGUUUCACUUUUCUGUAAAUGUCUAUAACCUUAUGUAUUUUUCUUUAAAGGACAGGUUAUUUUUUUUAAUCUCAGCUAUGACCACCAGAUGGCAGCUCUGAGCUAAAGGAGCUUUUUUUUAUUGGAUAUGAACAUAUAUAACAAGAAGAGAAGUACAACAUUGCAAAUACAUGCCAUCAGUACACAAGAUUACAAGUGAAUUAAAAUUUAGCCAGAGGAAUAAAAAACAUGAGCUAAAGGAGCUAGUGAACUGAAAUUGUACUUUUGAAACAUAACAUGAACCUCUAAUCAUAUUAGCAGCCUAAUAAAAGUCACAUUGUAAAGAAUUCAUCUGGUAAACAGCAUUAGUCAGAUGACCUGUUGUGAUCCAUAUACAAUACUGACAUAGGCUAUAUCAGAUAUUACCCCUUUUACAAUGUGUGCCUGGCCAAUGAAGCCUAACAGAUCCAAGUGAACUUAGCAGCUGUUGAUUAACACAUUGACUGUCACAGUUCAUCAAAGGGUCAAGAUUUCUUCUGAUAUGAUAUGUAUAUUGAGUCAGACAGUAGAGUGAUAAAAUUCAGUGAGCAAUUAUUAAUCGCUGUAACAACUUCCCAUCAUUUCUCAGAUACUGACACACCAUAAAGGUUUCUCAUAAACUGAUGAUAACAAAUGAUUUAUGAUUACGGUCAUUAAUACGUUAAUGAUAACCACGUUUUUUUAUAUCUAUAAUGCUGUCCUCUUAUAAAUUGAUAUCAGCACUUAGUCCUGUAAAAUAUUACUUAAUAUUCAUGAUGAGAAACUAUGUGGCAUUUAUGCCCAUUUACGUGACAUUUAGCCCAAGGAAUGCAAAUUAUAACAGGGAAACCCUGCCAAAAUUGUGUAUUUUAGUUUGAAAAACCCGCCCUCCUUAGCUGCUGUGUCUAACAAACAGUGCCGUUCUCACACUACACAUCAUGUUAUCACGCAUUAAAAAAUACAUUGCGGAGCAAAGAGAAAACUGACAACACGUCGACAGACAAGACAGAGUAGGUUAAUUCUGGUAUGAAACAAGGUCUCAUUUUAAAAUGUUGUCAUUUUGUAAUAAAUUCAAACAAAAAAACUCUUUUGUGGCUCUUUAAUGUGUUGUGACAGAUCAUUAUUGCCUUAUUAGAUCAAUUGACACAGGAACCAAUCGUCUUUUCUUCUUUACUUGAAGCAUGAAAAAAACAUGAAUGAACAUCAGAAUGUAUAUUUAUUUCAACCAAGGAAAGACGUCAAUACACGUCAAUACAAUUUUUCAAGUUUAAGUCCACCAAAGUUAAUUUACUCUCCUGCCUGGUUUGUUUGUUGGACAAAAUGGUGGAUUCUGCAUUAUGAUUGGUCAGAUCACCUGUCAAUCAAGCUGUUUGCAAAAGGUCCAAUUUGGAGUAGACA